CCAGCUUCCAUUGGAUGUUCGGGACAGGCCAUACACCGCUAUGCAUACCCCCGUAGGCCAGCUACGGAUGCAAGUGACACCUAUGGGAUUCACAAACGCGGUGGCCGAAGCGCAACGCAGGAUGCUCGCUGUGGCCGGGGACAUGUUCCCAGAAAAAUGUGAAUCUUACAUCGAUGACAAUCCGAUCAAAGGCGCGCAGGAGAAGGACGAGACGGAAGUCCAGCCAGGGAUCCGACGUUUUGUGUGGGACCACCUGCAGGACAUCAAGGAUCUACUCCGACGGUUCCUAGUAUACAACAUUACGGCUAGUGGACGGAAGAGUAUCCUAGCAGUACCAGAGGUAACUAUACUAGGAUUUCGUUGCAGUGCUUACGGCAGGAAGCCGGAUCCGACAAAAACCGACAAGAUAUCACAAUGGCCGACACCAUUGCGCACGACAACGGAGGUAAGGGCAUUCCUAGGCGUAGUCGGCUUUUGGAGGAUCUUCAUUAAGAACUUUGUCAAGAUUGUUGAGCCUAUCCGGGCUAUGAUCAGGGAAGAAGGAACCAUGGAUUGGACGGAGGAGCGAGAAGGAGCUGUCCAAAGGCUCAAGGACAUAUUGACAUCUGAGACAGUCGCCCUGUAUAUCAUGGAUGCGCGAGACAACUUGAGUGGGUUCGUGGAGGCAGUCGCCCUCAAGAAAAAGACAGUGAGGAGUGUGGCGGACUGGAUAGAAGACUUCUACUUAAGGCACUCGUUCGUCAGGAGGUUUAUAGCAGACAAUGAGACGAAAUUUGUGAACCAAGAAGUAUUGGGGAUGCUUAAGAGACUCUGCGUUCCGAUCAAACUCAUCGAGCCGUAUCACCCUGAGGCCAAUGCACCUGUGGAAAGGGGGCACCGAACCUUGAAGAACACGAUUGCAAAGCUCGCAGCAGACCAUCUGGGGAACUGGCCGAGGUAUCCUAAGCAGGCUGUCUUUGCAGAGAAUAUGACUCCUAAAAGGACAACAGGAUGUAUCCCGGCAGAGCUUUGGUACGAAAGAGAGAUCGACUUUCCUAUAGAAGCCUUGGUACCUACCUGGAAUAGGCUAGAUGAUGGUCCGCAAAUGACCACUGAAGAGUUAAUCGAGGCAAGGUGUCAACAAAUCCUUAAGAAUGAGGAGGUCAUGGAGGACAUCGCCAAUCGGGUGCUGGACAGCAGAAUGAGGGACAAAGCAAGGUGGGACCAGGUUAAGAAUGUCAGAAAGGAGUCACUUCAGGCGGGGGAGAUGGUAUUGUUAUGGAACUCGGCACUAGAAAGUACUUGGUCGGGACAGUUGGGAAGGAGGUUCAACGGCCCCUACCGGGUCGCCAAGCGGGUGGGACUGAACACCUUCGAAAUGAAAGAUUUGGAUGAAACUGGAUUGAAAGGGCCCUUCUCGGGGCAACGACUGGUCAGGUUUCUAAGUCGGGACCCAGUGGAACAAUGGCUUCAGGAGGCCAAAGAUAAGGAAACAGAGGAGCCACAAGCUAAAGACUAACCACAGCCUUGCCCACACUAUGGUUUGUCUCUGACCAUGUUCGUGGGACUAUCAUUUUUUUUGGGACUGGUGCUUUGGCUUG